AUGCUUUUCUCCAACACCUCAGAGCCAGAAGGAGUGUCGCUGUCUGUGGACUUCCACCACCCACAAGACUAUUUCGUCUUUAUUUUCCAGAUCUUAUUCGCCACCUCCACAGUUCUAGUGGCGGGGUCUGUAGUCAUUAGUAUACUGGCCACUCGAGCGCUGCGCCUUCAGAACCGCUUUAUCUUCAUGCUCAACACCAGUGUGUGUGAUACUCUCGUGGGUCUGUCCGUCUUUUAUUUGGGCCUGUUUGAUGUCCACGAAGGAUAUCCGUCCAGGAAUGGAACUCACAAUUAUCUCCCGUCUCUUUUAGGAGUUAAUAUGUUGACAUUUAUGUUUGCGCAGUUUGAUCGUUAUUUUGCUGUGUGCCAUCCAUUUAUUUACACGCGCUUCAUUACGCGCCGGUUCAUCAUAUGUGUAAACAUUUACAGCUGGAUUCACGUCUUCUCGCAGGCGACCAUUUUGUAUUUGUUACCACUUUCAAAAGCCGUUCAGCUGUUUGUGAUCAGUAUAAUUUCCCUGCAAAUUAUUGUGCUCACCAAAGUGUCCAUGACUAUUAAACUUUAUUUUGUGGCUAAGUUUCAGUUGGAAAGAGAUCCUCCUGGUCCUGAAAAAGAAAGCAACAAGGAAUCCCUGAGAUUGAUUAUUUUUGUAGUAAUAAGCUUCUUAGCGCUGUGGUCCCCGUCCAUUAUAAAUAUCAUCCUCAGGUGGUUAGGCAGAGGUAUGACUUUUAGGAACGAGGCUACAAAUCUUUUUGCUAUUAUGGCUCGUUUAAGCGCCAUAGUCACUCCCGCGGUGUACUUAUGGGGCAGUCCAGCUCUGAGGCAGUCUAUGGUGCAGGUCUUGUGGGGCAGACUGUGCUCAAAGUGCAGACACAGAGGUAAAAACAGAGCAGCCAGAGUAAAUAUAAACCGCAUUAAUGUGCAACGUUAA